GUCUGUGAGUGUUCGCGGUCGUCCGGCCGAGAAGUUGUUGAUAUUUGUUUCCGAAGGAGAAGUCGGUUUUCUUGACUUCACAAAGUAAAAACAUGUCAACGAAACAACUGAAACCCGAGGCUGUCAUCGUGUUGGACAGAACUCCUGUAAAUCUGGAGGUUUUCCAGAAAUCUCCGCGUCGGUCCCUGAGGGGUAAACGCCUGCAGUACUCCCCUGAUUCUCCCACAGCUGGAGCAGCCAAGAAGAUACGGAGGAUACAACCACAAAAUGAAGAGACACAGGAUUCAGAGCAGCAGCAGCAGGAGGAAGAGGAGAGAGGAUCUGUGAGUUUAUAUAAUUUAUAAUUUAAGUUUGUAUUAAAGGGAGAAUGAUUUUUAUAAGGAUUAAUGAGCUUUUUGAAUAUAUAGUCAACAGAUGAUGCAUAAUUUAUAAGAGAAAAUGUGUGACUACAGUAUAUCCAGAUUAAACAAACUAAGCUUUAUUUAUUACCUAAAGUACUCUGCACAUAUAAAGUUUUUUUUUUCUCAAAUGUAUUUUUUUUUUUUAUUGCUUGUGUCAUGCAGAAUGGACCUGAAGGACUUUCAGAGUACGAACUGGAGCGAAUGGAAAACAUCAAGAAGAACAGAGAAUUCUUGUCGUCCAUAAAUCUGCUCCAGGCCAGUGAAGAACUGAAGCAGCUGACACGACCGAAGCCGUCACAGAGAGGCCUCCCCAGGUCACAGUCUCACUCUGCUGCUAAGGAAGUGAUGCCGCCUCGCAAAUCCCUCCGUCUUCAGUUCAAAGAGGCAGAGGUUUUGACACUCCCCCCUGAACCCAGGGGCACGCUUGUCUAUGAACAGUCACCGCGGCAGAAGAAGACGCCUGGUCCCCUGUGUAUGGAACCAGUCAACAUGGAGGAGGGAAGCAAACUGCCCACCCAACUUCUUGACUUGUGCUCUGAGGAAUCAGCAGAAACACGAACGGGGAAGUUGGAGUUGAAACAGUACAGCUCAGGUCUAAAAGAGAUGAAGUUGACAGAGGACCGAGUGGCCAAGGUGGUGAAGGAUCGCGUCUUCUCUUUGGCCUUUCACCCCUGCAGCAGCAGCUUGUUGGUGGCUGCAGGUGACAAGUGGGGAAAACUUGGUCUCUGGAACGUGGGUGGAGCCUGGGGUGACGACGGCGUCCUGCUCUUCGAGCCUCACACCCGCCCAGUGGGAUGUGUGGCUUUCUCCAGGGCUCAGGCCACUCAGCUGCUGAGUCUCAGCUACGACGGGUCGAUGCGCUGCAUGGACGUCGAGAAGGCCGUCUUUGAUGAUGUUUAUGACGUCGAAGACGGUCUGAAAACAUUUGACUUCAUGUCACACGACUGCUCCACGUUAGUCGUAGGAAACUGGUUUGGAGAAGUUUCCAUGGUUGACAGACGUACACCAGGAAACUCCCAUGAGUCCCUGCACUCACUGGACACCAAGGGUCUGCGUUGCGUUAGCGUCCACCCUGUGCAGAAGCAGUUUUUCGCUGUAGCAGAAACCAGGGUUGUUAGUAUCUAUGACAGUAGAUGUCUGAAAAAAGUCCACCCCAAACCAGUCUCCCAGCUGCACGGACACUCUUUAAGCAUAUCCAGCGCGUACUUCUCCCCUAACACAGGAAACAGGCUGAUUACUUCCUGUAUGGAUGACCAUAUAAGGAUUUUUGACACCUCUGCAAUGACAACUAAUUCUCCUUUAGUUUCAAAAAUCAGACACAACAUGCAGACAGGCCGUUGGCUCAGCAAACUCUCGGCAGUCUGGGACCCCAGACAGGACGACUGCUUCGUAGUGGGAAGCAUGUCAAGGCCUCGGAGUGUGCAGGUGUUCCACCAGAGCGGUGAGCUCUUACAUUCAUUCAGGGACAGUGAAAACCUGAGCACAGUUCUCUCUGUCACAGCGUUCCACCCAACCAGGAGCGCGUUAGUGGGAGGUAACAGUUCAGGACGUCUGCACGUCUUCUCUGACUGAGCUGAGCUGAAGUCGUGACACGGCGUUAGGUCUAGAAAUGUCUCAGUGUUGUCUGUUUGUUCCUGUUCAGUUUCAUCUCACACAUCAGUGUAAAACAGAACGGUUUACAGUGAGAACACGUCGUUUCAACAAUCUUUAACUGAGUUUGGAGACGUGUUCAGUUUGAUGACGUUUCCUCCUGACCUCAGUCUCCGAGUCUGUGUUGUUGUUGUGUUUGUUGUUGUUGUGGUGAAGCCUCUUCUGUCCCUGUGGCUUCAUGAAUG